AUGAAAUCUGGUAUGCCAUUGGUUGUAGAUGAUUUAGGAAAAAGUGUACUUCAUGCGGCAUGUAGAGGAGAAUAUGAGGGUAUUGUAUGGAGUGAUAUGGAGAGAGAAUGUGACGUUGUCCAUUUAACAGAAUCACACAAUACAGCUACAAAUAUGACAAAAAAAUUGUCAAAGGAACACCUCAUUGCAUAUGAAAAAUGCCUUCUUGAAUGGAUUGUGUUAUGUUCACAAGUCGUCACAGAAUUAAACUCACUUGCUGAUAAUUUAGACCAACAUUUCCAAAAGAUUGCCAAGGCAAAAAUCGGAGGAUCUGCUGCUGGAGUUGUUGGGGGAGUAAUGGCUACUGUUGGAUUUGGUUUAUCCUUUGUUACAUUUGGAGCCUCAUUAGGAUUAGCUAUUGCAGGUGGUGUUAUUGCUGGAGCAGGAGGGUUGACUGUUGGUGGUUCAGCUGCAACUGAUGCAAUUCUCUCCCGAAAUCGAAAAAGAACAGCUGAAGAACUUAUAAAGAAAUAUAACACAAAAUUGGACGAGGUAAAAAACAAAUAUCUAGAAAUACAUGUUGAAUUACAGAAGACAGCUGAGCUAUCAAAUCUUGGAUCACGCAUCGAAGAAAAAUUCCCCCAUUGGAUUAAAUUUUGGUGGAAUCUGGUUAAAGGAGCUGGCCAGGUAGGUUGGAGUACAGGUGGGAGUAUUAUUUAUACAACCAUCAAAUCAUCGUUUCAACUUGCAACCGCCUUUGAUGAUGCAGCAAUUACUGGACUGAGAGUUGGAGGUGGAGUAUUUAAGACCUUUGGAACUGUUGGACGAGCUUUUCAUGUAGUGGGAGGAGUUGCCAACAUUGUGUUUCUUCCACUAGACAUUUUCACCAUGGUAGAUUCUGCUAUUGAUGUACAUAAGAAAAAUCCACAUAAAAUAUCAUCUGCGAUGAGAAAAUUGGCAAUACAAAUUGAAAAAGAGUGUCCAAAAAAAGAAUCAAUUCAAACAAUGAUAGCGGAAACAUUGAAACAACUAGAAAAAGAAUAG